AUGCACAAAUUAUUUAUUUAUUUAUUUAUAAAUUUAUCGGUUUCAUUUUUCUUUAAUGCUAAGAAUAAAUCAUCUGCGAAUGAUCUGAUUUUUUUUUCAGCUCAUGGAUGUUCAUAUGCUUUUGAUAUAAAUUCAUACGUUUGGAGCUUUGCUGAUACAAAAUGUGGACGACUUUUGUCAAAAUUUGAAUUCUAUUUUCAUAUAUCUCUGUUCAUUGCUAUUAUUUCCGUUGAUAUUACUACGUUUCAUAAUAAGGUUAACCCUCAUCAAUUCAACCCCCCCCCCACCUCCCUCAGAGUCGUGGAUCCCAGGAAAUCUUCAGAAGCCAGUUUAAUGGCCGUUGGUGCAGUGGAAAUGAUUAUUGGUUUAUGA